UAAAGGCUCGGGUGGAUUUCUAGGGUAUUCCCCUCCAUUCCGCUGGCGGAAGAAUUAUGUAGAACUCAAACAGGGGUCCUUCCUGACUCCUGACAGCUUGAGCCUGAGGCUUCUUUCUCUGGUGAACUUAGCCACCUCACCUCAGACCAAGGCUUUCAUUUCCCUCAGAACCCCAAGUAGAAACAAGAGCUCACCUGUGCCUUGGCCCUGAUAAACAUGCAGACUACCAGUAGCAAUGAAGCCAGCUCGUUUUGUGCAUUGAAGCAAACAUGUAACUAUCUUGAUGAUGCGUAGGCCAUGUGCUCAAAGCAUGAAGUAACAGAAGAUGAAAGAGAGUUCAGACACCUUGAGGAAUGGCCACACAGUAAAAAAGAGAUGCCAUCAGAGGGUUUUAACAUCAAUACACUACAUUCUUGAAGAAAUUGAUUCUCUGUUGCUGAAAGAAUUUUUGGAGUUAAGUUCUGCCGAAGUCCUGGAAAUCAAUCCUAAUGGACAGGACCAGGGAUGCUGUUGCCACCUACGGCCUGCGGAUGUUGUUUGAAAAGCACAGGUCUACAGUGAAUGCACUAUGCUUGGCCCACACCUAAGGAGUAAGAAGUGAGUGACGUUCCAUCUCCUGGAGGGCAGAAUAUCUAAGUACACCUUUCAUUCCAUCCCACAAAUUUGAGCAAGUGAAGAUGAAUGCCAGAGGACUUGGAUCUCAGCUGAAGGACAAUAUUCCAGUUACUGAACUUUCAGCAAGUGGAACUUUUGAACAGCGUGAUCUUCUUCGAAAAGGUCUCCCUUGCAUGAAAAAUGAGCUUUUGCCCAGUCAUCCUCUUGAAUUAACAGAAAAAAAUUUCCAGCUCAACCAAGAUAAAAUGAAUUUUUCUACACUAAGAAACAUCCAAGGUCUGUUUGCUCCACUAAAAUUACAAAUGGAAUUCAAGGCAGUGCAGCAGGUUCAGCGUCUUCCAUUUCUCCCAAGCUCAAACUUUUCAUUGGAUAUUUUAAGGGGUAAUGAUGAGACUAUUGGAUUUGAAGAUAUUCUUAAUGACAUGUCACAAGUGAACUAAUGGGAGAACCACACUUGAUGGUGGAAUAUAAACUCGUUUUACUGUAAUCUGUUAUGCUGUUCAUGAAAAUAGAGGGGCUGUAUGUUGUUUAUGGUCAUCUUUUUACUAUAAUUUGAUGUAUACAACAUUAAAAAUACUGACACAUGAGAGUUUUGCCUAAAU